CGUCGAGCUUCGCGUAGUACAUCGCGUACCAAACCAGUGCGCUUUAACCGUUGCCGAAUGGUAUCCUGUAUCUUGCGCUUUUUUUUCUCCGCUCGACAAACAAUAAUGACGUAUCGCGUUCGUGCACGCCGUCGCGAACGAAUGACGUCAACGUUAACCGUAGGGUCCGACCGUCGUGUGCAGGAGUGUGCCUGGAAACUUUUUUCAUGAGGGGGGGGGGGGUUCAAUAUUUUUGUGGUACCACGUAUUUCAAAUGCAAGCGCAGAUAUAAGGGAAGACUAUGGGGGUCGAAGCCCCUUCCUUAGACAUUAGUCAGUACCCUAUCGGACACAGGUACUACAAUUAUUUAAAAUAUCAGACGUAAAAAAGACCGUACAGAUCGACAUGCACAACGUCAUUACGGCGAUAACUCACUUUAUUAGCCCCCCCUUUUUUUUUUUCAUUUCUAGACCCGUGCCUGUUCAAAUGUAUUUACUUCGCGAGAUAACAUUUUUGGUAAUGAUUUAUUUUAUAGCACUAGACAGAUCGAAAAAAUGUUAAGUUUUUAAACAUAAAUUGUACAAAAACAUCAAGCGAUAGUUUAUUUCUGAAUCCGUUAAGAUUUCGGUGGGGUCGUGGACGACCCCAUUCUUCCAGGCACGCCCCCGUUGUCGCAGUACAGAACUAUUGUUUCGUGACUGUGAUUGGAAAAAACAUAACAUUAUCGUUAAUAAUCUUUUCUGAAUCAUAGCGUUCGGUCCGUCAGCGACGAUUUGGUUUUCCAACGUCGAGCACCACUUCCGCGGGGGGCCCGUCGUAUCCAGGGCCGUUAAGAGGGAGCGGGGCAACGGGACCAUUUUGCCCCAGGCCCCAUUGUUGAAAUAUAUUUUAGGAGUUCUCCAUAAAGUCUUGUUGUAUAAUAAUUAAUAAUGAAGCCUCGAUUAAACCGAACAAUUGUAUACGCUGCGUGUAGCAACUUGUUCGAUUACAUUAAGCGAUUUAAUUAUAAAUAAUAGGAAUAAUAUUCAAUUCUAUUAUGUAAGUAUGUAAUGCAGUACACGAAUUUAAACGAGCUUGAUCGGUUAAGGUUUGGAAAAAUAUGUUUGCAAGAAUUUCGUUAUUCUCGGUGAGUAUUUUGUCUAUCAUAUCUUAUUAUUAUGGUCGAAGGGCCCCAAGAUUAAUAUGGCCCCGAAAAACCUUGGGACGACCAUGGUCGCACCGGCCCUUUCGUGCGCGUGUACGUAGUACUCGACGACGGUGUGUCACAGUCACGAAAUACACGUGUUCAUGCGUACCGUUUGCCUCGUGACAAUCCUCGCGCAAGCGCUUAAGACGUACGCUAACGAAAUCGAAACUGCCCGUUCCAGACGAUCCGACCGACUCAAUCGCCCUUUUCCGAUCACCCGAACCUUUUUGUUUCAAGCGUCUCGGAACAACGAGUAUACCAAUUCAAAUGGAAAACGUUUGCCGAACAGCGUGCGAAAUCGAUUUUGUCAACGAUCGUUUUUUUUUUUAUUUCAUUUUUUUUAAUUUUCCGAUUCCCCAGUCGGUUCGGUUGAACCCAUAUGGAUUAAGUGUUCGGCGCCACUGCCGGUGUUAAAUGGAAACUGAAUUGUACCCGGUCGAUUUCGUUUCGGCGCACGUUGUCCGUACAGCAGCGUUUCUUUCGCGGCCCGUACAACCGAGAUUAGAAUCGCAGUUCGGUCGCAGUCGGUGAAGCGCGCGGUUUCGGGGUUGAGGGGCGUCGAUUUUGUUUACACCGGGACCAUGACGUUACGGUUGUGCGCGUGUACACAGGGACUGUUGUCGAUGCUGAAACGUUUGCGUUCGUCGCCGGACAAAGAGCUUCGCAUCCUGCUGCUGGGGCUGGACAACGCGGGCAAGACGACGCUGAUGAAGAAACUGGCGUCCGAAGACGUGUCGCACAUCACGCCCACGCAGGGGUUCAACAUCAAGUCCGUGCAGGCGGACGGCAUGAAGCUGAACGUGUGGGACAUCGGCGGCCAGCGCAAGAUAAGACCCUAUUGGCGCAACUAUUUCGAGUUCACCGACAUACUGAUUUACGUGGUGGACAGCGCGGACCGGAAACGAGUGGACGAAACGGGAUUCGAACUGAACGAGCUGCUCAGCGACGACAAACUGGCCGGCGUGCCCGUGCUGGUGUACGCCAACAAACAGGACUUGGCGCUCGCGGCCAAGGCGUCGGAGAUCGCGCAAGAGCUCAACUUGCAUCUGAUCCGCGACCGGCCGUGGCAGAUACAGGCGUGUUCGGGCAUACGCGGCGAGGGCAUCAAGGAAGGAUUGGAAUGGAUCAGUCAAAAUGUAAAAAAGAAGUAAUAUCAUAUCAGACGAUUGUUUUCGCACCGGUCCGGGCGAUCUCUAGUUUCUUACACGUUGGUACCUAAUACCUAUUGUAAAAAUGAGUACGAUAUUUUAUAUUUUACAACCGAAAUGUUUCUUAAACAUGUACCAUAUUAUAAUAUAGAUAAUUGUAUACUAAUGUUUAAGUGGAUGAUUUUGUUUAUAACAGUGUUACUAUACAUGUUACUUAUACUAAAAUUUCAAAUGUACUACCUGUAACCUAAUAUAAUAUUUAUACGUUACUAA